GUCGAUGACUUCGUUACUCUCCGGGUAAUAUUCCCAAAGAGAUUGGUCGUCUUAAUAAAUUGGAAACGAUGGAAUUGUAUGAAAAUAAACUUAGCGGAUCGAUUCCAAAAGAAGCUGGGAACAUGACGGCUCUUGUCAACUUAUGGAUCAACGAUAAUUCUUUAAGUGGAGUUAUACCACAACAGAUUGGUAACCUUCAUCAUUUAAGAAUAUUAUGCAUGUUUAUGAACAAGUUGUCGGGACCUUUGCCACCAACCAUUUCCAACAUGUCUUCGUUGGGGACUGUUGACAUAUCAAGUAAUACAAUUACUGGGGCUUUGCCUUCGGAAAUUGGGAGUAUGAAACUGGGAAUCUUAAUCCUUGACCACAAUGCGUUAACCGGUACAAUACCAUCAGCCAUUGGGAACAUGUCAGAUAUGAGGUCCUUAUUGCUGUCUUCCAACAAUUUAAAUGGUCCAAUACCAUCCACCAUUGGAAAUAUUUCAAAUUUGCGUGAUUUAUUGCUCUCUUUCAACAAAUUAAAUGGUCCAAUUCCAUCCACUGAAAUCUUUCAUAUCUGGAGUAUUUAGAUCUCUCUUCCAACAAAUUAAGUGGUGAGCUCCCAUCCUCCAUCUGCAAGUUGUCACACCUCAAUUAUCUACUUCUCUCAAAUAAUACUUUGGAAGGAAGACUGCCACAUUGCUUUGAAAAUUUUAGCGGAUCUUUGACCAUCUUUCAUCUAAAUGAAAACAAAUUUAGUGGCCUCAUACCAUCUACCUUUUCUAAGAAUUGUAGUCUUAUGUCCAUCAAUUUGGGCAAUAACAAAUUCCACGGACGAUUACCUAAAUCCUUAAUUAAUUGCCAAAGUCUAAGGGUUCUCUACAUUGGAAAUAAUAGAAUACAAGAUGACUUUCCCUUUUGGAUGGAACGCCUACGCAAGCUUCUAGUGCUAGUGUUGAGGUCUAACAAGUUUGGUGGUAAUAUGUCUCUUCCUUCAAGAACUAAGUUUCCAUUUCCUAGGUUGCAAGUUUUCGAUGUAUCUCAUAAUGAAUUUCUAGGCUCUCUACCUCAAAGAUAUUUCAAGAACUUCAGAGCAAAGAUAUAUCCAACCGUGUUUUAUGAAGAAUUUCUAGAUUAUGUGGAGAUGAUUCUAACCUUGAAGGGCCAGGAUCAAUUAUUGAAUAGACUACCUGAGACCUUCACUGCAAUUGACCUCUCAUCCAAUAGAUUCUGCGGCACUAUUCCACCUUCCAUGGGAAAUCUUAAAAGUCUCAAAUACUUUAACCUAUCCCACAAUAGCCUUACAGGACAUAUACCUUCAUCUUUUGGAAACAUGAGUGAGCUCGAAUCAUUGGAUUUGUCGACAAACAAUUUGAAUGGAGAAAUUCCAAGUGAAUUGACAAGGUUGACAUUUCUUGCGAAAUUAAACCUUUCAACUAACAAUCUUGUCGGGCAGAUACCACAAUCUAAUCAGUUCUCCACAUUUGAGAAUGAUUCAUAUAUUGGAAACUUAGGAUUUGCGGAAUUCCGUUGACAAGAAAAUGCAAAGAGGAGAAUGGGAAACCCAUGCAGCCUGCUGAAGAGAAAGAAGAUGAUGAAUAUGAAUUCAUAGAUGGAUUUGGUUGGCGAAGUGUUGUGAUGGGAUAUGGAUGUGGAUUCUUAGUUGGGAUUGGAAUUGGUUACAUGAUUAUAAGAUGUGGAAGGCCAAGAUGGUUGGUGGAAUUCUUUUUCGGUGUUGGUUAUAAAUAUAAGACGAAAAACAGACGCAACAGAGCUGCACCAACACGCAGGGGAUCUUGAUUAAAGACAAAAACUAGAACUGUGUGGUUUUCUUGUGUUUAAUUUGGAAGUAUUGCUUGUGUUUGAGUUGUGUUUUCUACUUUUUCAAUUGCUACUUUU